GUUCCACUGUCAAAACAGAGAGACGGACGCAACAAUAUGAUGGACCUUUUUGAGACCAGCACUUAUCUGUUCAGUGAUUUGCGUUAUUUGGAGGAAGGGGACCAUGGACCACUACAACACAUGGACAUUGCAGGGGUCUCUCCUCUGUACUCUAACAGCAAUGACAGCCCGUUGUCCCCAGGCCAGGAUAAUGUCCCGUCGGAGACAGGGGGCGAAAGCAGCGGAGAGGAGCACGUGUUCGCUCCCCCAGGUCUCCAGGCGCACUGCGAGGGCCAGUGCCUCAUGUGGGCCUGCAAGAUCUGCAAGAGAAAGUCAGCACCAACAGACAGACGUAAGGCAGCCACGCUCCGGGAGAGGAGAAGGCUGAAGAAGAUCAACGAAGCGUUUGAGGCGCUGAAAAAGAAGACUGUGGCCAAUCCCAACCAGAGAUUACCCAAGGUGGAAAUUUUACGCAGCGCCAUCAGCUACAUCGAGAGGCUACAGGACCUGCUGCAAACUCUGGAUGAGCAGGAGAAAAUUCAAAAAGGAACUUCCACUCAGCUUGCGAGCGAUGAGCAUCAAUGGAAGAAAUCCUCUGAGACCUGGCGGACCUCUACUGAUCAUUCCAAUGCAGCAAUGAACCAGAGAGAAGGGACCAGUGAGUCCUCUGCAUCCUCCAGUCUCCUGCGUCUGUCCUCAAUUGUGGACAGCAUCACAAAUGAUGAGAAACUGAACUUCUCUGUGGAACCCUCAGGAAACUAAAAUAGUCUGAAGUGUUUUGUUGUUUUAUUAUUUAAAAUUUCCAGUAUUUUGCUCAAAUUAUUCUUUGUGUAAUGCAUAAUUUUAGUUUGCCCUUGCUUGUAACAGGAAAAAAAUUGUACAUAUUUUAUAUUAAUGUGGUUUAUAAAUGUAUUUAUUUUGUUUUCAAAGCCUACCAGACUGUGGAAGAACCUUUCUUUUUGAAAAUUUGUACACGUAGCUCACCAGCAAGUAAAACAUUUACUAUGUUGUAA